AUGGUGCGAUUGCUGAUUCCUGAAGGCGAGGGACAACUGCCCUUCCUUCCCAAACCGCCUGCCGCCAUUGCCACACAAAGCGACCUCAUCGCAGUACCAUGGAGAGGUUGUGUAGGCGCUGCGGUCGUUACUGGCAGCCUGGCUCUUGUUGGCCGCUCCCGACCUGGCGUGUUUCUCAAGUCCGCCGCCUUUAUUAGCGCCGUAGACCUUACCUGGACAGCAUCUGUGAUAUAUGGGCGCCAUGAGUUGAAUCGAGGUGUGUUCAAGAUGGAGAACAUACAACCCAAGCCUGGCAAGCUAUGGGAACAGACAAAGCAUUGGACUUCUGAAGAUAUGGCAUUGGUUGGUGGAGCACUAGGAAUAUUCAUGGCAUUGAAUCCGCGGGCUUUGCCAGGUGUCUAUGGUUUCUCACGAUUCUUUGGAGCGGCUAUGGUUGGAUCUGCGCUUAGCGUCAAGGUCAGCCAAUCCAUGGAUAGGCUCAAAUAUCCCCCAACACUCCUCCAGCUCUUCGAUCAGACGGUUACUACGGCUCGACAAAAGGAAUAUGAAAAGCUACAGAACGACGAAAGGGCCAAGGCAUCCCUCUCUCGAAUCGGCAAACUCGCACUCUGGUACCACUCAUCUUCGUUAAUGGGAGUUCUCCGCAGCCCUCUGCAAAUUGGGGCAAUGGGUGGCAUGCCUGGUGGACCGAUUCAAGUGGGGCAUGGAGGGAGUUCCGGGCCUGGUGGUGGCUCGUUGGCUGCACUGAAAGCUGAAAUGGAGAGAGAAACUGUCAUCCAGAUCCAGUUUAAAGAAAACGAACUUGAAGGACCUGAUGUGGAAAACGGAUAUCGUGCGUAUAAGGACGAUCUCGAGUCACGAGAUGCGAGCAAAGUACAGGAUUGGUUAGAGCAAGUCCAGGCUCUCAAAAAGCAGGUGGGCGCCGAGCUGCAAUACGUUUGGCCGCACCUUGCGCAGAGAGAAGAUGAGUUUUACCAACAUGUGCAGGAAGACAGGGAGAAGGAUAUCAUUCGUCGAGAACUACAACUGCUCAACAACAUGGCUUCUGAUCUGGUAGUUCGGUAUGCGGCCCUUGAGUAUCACGAAUACGAUGCGCAGAAGCAACUACAACAGGUUACACAAGCAGGCCCCAUGGGCACAGAGCUAGAUGCAGUUUUCCAGGACGUCACAAAGUCGUACAAAACGCCCCAACAUCCAGCUGAAGAUAUCGAAAUGAGCUAUCACGGUCCGAGAACUGUAACGGAACGAAUACGCACAACCUGGUCAAGACAAAAGGAAUUACUACGCCAUCUGGACCAUAGUAUCACCCGGGUUAGAGCCUUCGAGCCCGAGGAAGGGAGUCAUGUCGCUGAGCACGUCAAGCGUCUUGUGCAGGAUGCCGAGAUGAUGGGACGGAACAUCGAGGCCACUGAGCGAUUGUUGCAAUGGUUUGAGGAGCAAGUACGACAGGCUGAUGAGGCAGGAAAAGACGAUGCUCGUCGAGACGGAGUUUGA